GAAUGUAAAAUCUGCAAAAUCUAUCAAAAUAUCUGGUCACAGUGGAACAAAUACUGCCAGAUCGUGAGCCUCGUGAUACAACUAACUUGAUAGCAAUGAACUUUGGUUGAAAUAAUUUUUUUACAAUGAAAUGAAAUGGUAUCCUAAUCAUGACUCCCCCCCCUGGAAAGAAUAAUCAUGGCGGAUUUAAACGCUGACGUUGAAUGUAAAACAAGUUUUAAAAUCGAUUAUAAUGUACGAAAGCGUCUUUACGCAGAAACUGCUCAAAGCAGUGAAGAAUUCUAUGGUAUUCUGAUUGGUGAUAAUACAGAUGGAUCUUGUGAUAUUGUAGGCUGCAUUAGAUGUACAUAUGAUAAAAAUACUGAGAAAAGUUUUAGUAAUAGACUUCCUCACUGGAUUCAUGAAGUUGCUGAAAUUUGUACAUUGAUACCUACAGGUUUAAAGAUCUGUGGUGUGUGCUUUGUGUCCCAAAGUAAACCAAUUCUUGAUUCAUCUUCAAUUAGUGAAAUAUUUUCAGGGGCAGAUAUGAAGUCUGAUCUGAUUGACAACACACAGAUAUUAUGGGUUUUGGAUCCAGUCUCAAAAGAGGAGGAAGAUGACAGUGUAUUUGUUUACAAUCUGCUAUCCAAGUCCGUUGAAGAAUCAAAAGUGUAUUUUAAUAAUAUAAAUGAUGAGUUUAUUUCCAAACACAUGACACUAAGAUUGCAUCAUAAGUUUGAUAUUUUAGUGGAAAAAUCAAGUGAUGUAGAUAUUUCUUCUGGUUUAUGCAAGAAAAUCACUCAAUUCUGUUAA